AAAAAGCAAGCACCAAACUCAAUCCCUGUGCAGUGAUCAGCCAUAAACUUUACUCACCACGCUCCAAGCGAAACCAUGAUCAAACACGUUCUUUGUUUUUUAGUAUUCCUGCACGCAUUUCAUCAAACACAUGCAGUUCAGUACACGGUCAUCAACAAGGCUCUCUCAACUUCUGGUGGAGUAGCUUUCCGUGACAAAAUAGGAGCAGACUACGCGAAGCAAACGCUUGACUCCGCCACCCAAUUCAUAUGGAGGGUCCUUCAGCUGAACAACCCCGGUGACAGAAAAAACGUGCAGAAGGUAACUUUAUACGUGGAUGACAUGGAUGGAGUUGCGUAUGCCAGCAACAACGAGAUCCAUCUGAGUGGAAGAUAUGUUGGAAAUUACCAAGGGGAUGUGAAGAGAGAGAUUACGGGGGUGCUGUAUCAUGAAAUGGUCCACAUUUGGCAGUGGAAUGGAAAUGGUGGUGCUCCUGGGGGGUUAAUCGAAGGCAUAGCAGACUACGUGAGGCUGAAGGCAAACUAUGCACCGAGCCACUGGGUAAAACCGGGCCAAGGUCAGAAAUGGGACCAGGGUUAUGAUGUUACUGCUCGUUUUCUUGACUAUUGUAAUAGUCUCAAGGGUGGCUUUGUGGCACAAUUGAACAAGUUGUUGAGGACUGGCUACACUGAUCAAUACUUCGUUCAGUUACUGGGAAAACCCGUGGAUCAACUAUGGCGAGAUUAUAAGGCCAAGUAUGGCAAUAUUGCCUGAGAGGGCUAGCUUCUAUUUAAAGAAUAAAUCAGUAUAUGACUGUGUUUUUCAAUAAAAUUCUAUCAGCUCUAAGAUUCUGCUUUUAAUUACGU